UAGAGGUCGAGCUGCGGAGAGCCCGUGUGCCGUCUCCGCGUCCCUGUCACUGGCGGCUGGACCAUGAGUGAGCUCAAUGUUGAGUACGAGGGGCUGCUGUUCCCCAAACACGUCAGCUCGCAAGAAAGCCUGAGAUAUGCGCGGGAGGACUUCCAGGUCCGGGACGAUGAUGUUUUUAUUGUCACCUAUCCCAAAUCAGGUACCACAUGGAUGCAAGAAAUAUUGCCGCUAAUCUACAGCAACGGGGAUCUGACUCCAGUACUAACCAUUCAAAACUGGCAACGGGUUCCGUGGUUGGAGCAUAUACAUAGUAGAGUCCUGCUGGAGGAGAGACCAUCACCUCGGCUUAUUACAACACACUUUCAAGCACACAUGUUUCCAAAGACCUUCUUUAAGUCAAAAGCAAAAGUUAUUUACAUGGGACGAAAUCCAAGGGAUGCUCUUGUUUCAUCCUUUCACUAUCAUGGUAUAGCCUCAUUCUUGGAGGAUCCAGGCACCUUUGAUGAGUUCAUUGAGAAGUUCUUGGAAGGAAGAGUGAUGUAUGGUUCCUGGUUUGACCAUAUUAAGAGCUGGUGGCCAGCAAAAGAUCAGGACAACUUCUUGUUUCUAACCUAUGAAGAGAUGUUGCAGGACACUCGAAGUACUUUGGUGAAACUUGGGGAAUUUCUGGGAAAGCAGUUGAGUGACGACGUGAUCGAGACAAUUGCAAAUCAAAGCAAAUUCAACAACAUGAAGCAAAACAACAUGUCCAACUACAGCUUUGUACCCACAGAAAUGAUUAAUCAAAAGGAAACCAGCUUCUUCAGAAAAGGCAUUGCUGGAGACUGGAAAAACCAUUUUACCCCAGCCCAGACCGAACGUUUUAAUUCAGUGUAUGCCCAAAAAAUGAAAGGAUUGAAUUUUCCAUACUACAAAGACUGAAGUCACAAUAAUCGAUCUCCAGGACUGCAGACUUCAUAAAAUAUUUACUCAGCUUUUCUCAUUGCCGCUAAAUCCUAUUCAGUUUGCAAAGAAAUGUAAUGUUUCAAUGUUGCCUCACUUUGGAUUUACAUUCUUUCUGUAUUGAUGAGAUGUAUCCCAAAUAAUAACCCACACAAUAGAAUUCCCUAGUUGGGUACUGGUGCUGAUGAAACUUUUUCUACAUUUAGCAAGAUAAGUUGGAACAAUAUCAUAAUAAGGUCAAAAAGGUAUUUCUAAUUCCAAUUUUUUAAAUCUUAGAUCAACUUUGUUACUGUCAUAUUUACUGCUUUAUCAGAAAAUACGCUUCUAUAGCUGAAAACAAAAAUAAAACAAAAUGUUGUUCUAUAUUACCAACAGAUAAUAGGAAUAUGCUUUGCAAUUAAAAGAAAUUAUUAGAAGUCUAAAAAUAUUGAAAAUGUAUGUGCUUGAACUAAAAUUUUUAAUAUCACAAUAAUUUUCAGUAUUCUGUUGCUUUAAUAGCAAGGUGGAUGGCUUACUGGGUUGGGCAGUUUUAAUUCUGGGAUCCAAGUUUCACUUCAAUCCAUACCAUUGGGACAAAAUCUCUACUGUGAAAACCACCUGAAAUGGAGGCAUACCUGAUCCCUGAGAUACUUUAUUAACUGACGUGUCUCCAGAGAAGUGGUUUGGCUACUGCAGUCCCAUCUCCACCGUGGUGUGGUUGACAUAUUUUAUAUUUUAAAUUUUGUCUCCCUUAAAGAGCAAUGAAGAUUGUGUCUGAAUAACAAACCUAUGGUUGAAUGGUAUUAACUAAAGUUAAACAAGCUUCACGAUGCCAUAGUUUACAGUUCUGCUCCAUUAAAGAAGAUAUUAAAAGAACAACAGAAGUUUUGUUUGACUAAA